UAUAUCCCAGCUACAGCAUGAAUGAUCAUCUGAUUUGGACUGUUGGAGCAGUCAUGAUAAUAGGAGCUGUCACUGAUUCAGCUGAGACCUGGGUCUUCAAGUCAACUGGGGAAAAACAAACGGAACUAACUAUAUAAGAAACUGGACACUUCAAAGUUUGUAUUUCUGUUAUCAGAAAACUGGAUGCAGAGAUUUAUGAACUCUCAGAGACUAGUUCUCUCUUCAGAGAGACGGUCAGGUGAUGCAGGAUUCAUUCUCAACUGCAAUUACACAAACCUUGGUCAGUUAUAGCCCAACCAGAGAGUAACUUUGUUAUGCUCAUACAGUUUACAGAGAUCUUUCCUUUGGUGACAGGAAUUGUAGAAAUGCAAGACAGGAUUUUCCUCAUUUCUUCUUCACCAAAGAGAUACACUACAUAUAAAUUAUCUCCUAGGUCAAGAAGCCCUCAUUCAACAAUUUAGUUUAGCUAAUCUCCCUCACUUCCAACAAUAUGCACAAAAUCAGUUUUUGUCACUUGGGAAGAGGCCAUCGAUAUAGAAAUGGUUCCAAUGUGCCCUCCGGAGAGCAGCAGCAUUAGUCCCUGGGAAAAAAAUAUUUAACAAUGAUUAUGAUCACUUUUGACACAAGGAUGUUUCUUAAAACAUGGCACACCACUGUAAUUACCCUAAUGGUUUAGUUUGGCAAAGACUCAAGUAGCUAACAAUUAAAAGCCAAUAGUACAUUAUCUUGCUUAUGCAAGGUCAUAGAGUCACCUAGUACCCUCACUCUAUCCCAAAGGGCCCUUUUUGGCAUUUCAGUUUUUUGUAUGUGGAGCACAAACUGCUCUGUAGCUGGGUUGUAUUUACAAAACAAAAUGUAAUUUUAUUUUUAAACAAAAAUUUUCAAGUUGAAAAUAAGUAUGGAUGGAAGAAAAUUCAAAUUGGAAGUUUUUCAAGCACUUAUACUGAAGCUUUUAGUUGUAAAUAUUUAUUCUUCAUGUCUGAUGUCAAUACUGUAUACUGUAUCUUUAAACAAAACUAGAAUAUUUUACUGCCCAAAUAUAAGAUUUUUUUCUUAUCUCUGGAGCCUUUCUUACUAAUAGAUACCUAAUCAUAUUUUGCAGUGGAAUUUACUUGAUACAUCAUGUGCAAAUUCAAUGAGAGCAAAGAGUUGGAGUAAUGCAAGAUGUAAUCUUAAUUGGAGUGCUUUAGAGAAGCCUUUGAAAGCACAUUCGUGAUGGCUAACCAGUUAUCAGAUCUAGAUGCAUCUGGAAGAAGUGAAAAGGAGGAGAUUAAGCUCUCAAAAACGAUAGUGCACAAAUUUUCUUGUGAUGUAUGUGGUAAAUCUUUCAACCAUAAAGGAAAUCUUGGUACACACAUGAGAUGUCAUAGUGAUGAGAGGGCAUUUUCAUGUGAUGUUUGUGGAAAGGAUUUUGUUUAUAAAGUCAGUUUAAAUAAGCAUAAGAGAAAGCAUACCGGUGAGCGUCCUUUUGUCUGUAAAAUUUGUGGCAAGGCUUUUGCUUACAGUGAGUCACUUACAGCUCAUGAGAGACACCACACUGGUGAACGGCCAUUCUUGUGUGAAACCUGUGGUAAGACCUAUAUUCAAAAACAGGCUCUUGUUGAGCACAUAAAAACACACACUAAUGAAAGGCCAUUUAGUUGUGAAGUAUGUGGUAAAACUUUUAAAAGGUCAUGGGAAUUCAAGAAUCACGAGAGAAAGCACACAGGUGAACGACCCUAUUCGUGCGAGAUAUGUGGAAAGUCUUUUUCCCGAACUGAUGCCCUUGCUCUUCACAGGAGAAAUCAUACAGGUGAAAGACCAUUUCCCUGUGAUGUAUGUGGCAAAGCAUUUACUCAGAAACAUUCUCUUAUUGAGCAUAAAAGAAUUCACAGUAAAGAGAGGCCAUUUCCUUGUACAGUUUGUGGGAAGAACUUUGUAAGAAGAGGGGACCUCAAUGUUCACAAGCAACUGCAUUCAGGUGAGCGUCCUUAUGUGUGUGAAGUUUGUGGCAAGGAUUUUGCUCAGAGAAUAUGCUAUAAAUCACAUUUGACUAAACAUAUAACUGUAAUGCCAUAUUCAUGUGAAUACUGUGGCAGGAAAUUUGCUCGAAAGCAAAGUUUUAGAAUUCACAAAAGACAACAUACAGGUGAGCGACCAUUUCCUUGCAAUGUGUGUGACAAGACUUUUUGUGAUAGCAAUUCCCUUCACGUCCAUAAGCUGCGGCACAGUGGCGAGCGGCCUCACAUUUGUGAAAUUUGUGGCAAAAGUUUUGUUGUAAAAGGGGCUCUUAAUGUACAUCGGAAAAUACACACUGGUCAGAAAUCGUAUUCUUGUGAAGUUUGCGGAAAGACGUUUUUACGGAAAGCACAUUUAGCAAAACACAUGAGAGGACAUUCACCAAAAGAGUCCUUUGAUAUCCUUACGAAGAAAAAUACACCUUUCAUAUGCAAAAUUUGUGACCAUCCUUUCGGAAAUGAGAUGCUGCUAAAAACACACAUGGAAGGCCAUCUUGGAAGGCAAGCUGUAGCAUGCCAUCAAAUUGUUGAAGAUGGCUCAGAUAUAGAAAUUGGUGAAAGAGACAGCAAAAAUGAAACUUUAUUUGUUUUUGUGGGUUUAGAAGAGGAAAAAACUAAAAGUAAUGUUGAUUUCACCCCAGAGACGCAGUGUAGUGAGACUGUAAAAGCAGAUGGUGGAAUUAAUAAUGUAUGUUCAAGAGUGCUUGAAAAUAUGGAGACAGUAACAGAAGAAUCUUGUGUGUCCUCAUUCACAGUGCUGAAAAAUGAAUGUGAUGAUUGUGACAUUUUUGAGGACUCCACAGAUACUAUUGUGAAAACCGAAUCCUUAGAUAUUUCCCUUAAACCAGAGCUUAUUUAGAAUCAACAUUUUUUUCUGCCUUUUUCUGAAAAGAAAAAAUGUAUCUUUAUGUAAAACAUGUACAAUAAACUUUGCUAGCUUAGCUAGUGUUAAAUUAUUGUGUACAGUUUGUGGAUAACAUUCACAGUACACUAGCAAACAUUAGUAAGGAUCUGCAUGAACCCACAGUAUUAAAUCCAUUUUACUAGACUAAGAACUUGUCUUGUUUUUCCCUUCUUUAAUUAAAUUAGAUUGUCCUCCCCAAUCCAAGUCUCCAUGGCCUGAUCUUGGUCUCUUCAGCAUAAAAUUGUUAGAGCAAUUUCAGUCUUAGUUUCACAGCAACCAUGUACCAAAAAUUCAAUUACUAGUGCAAUAAUAGAUUAUAACAGAACUUACUACUGUUUAAUGUCAGUUGGCAUACAAAGCAAAGUAAAUGAUGUGCAUGACAGAGUGGAUGUUAAAAAUGUUCCCCCUGUAUUAUGAUAUAUACACUAUUGUAUAGUGUGCAAGUUUCAUGAAUAAUAUGACUUAUAGUCAAAAGAUAUGUGCCAAAUGGAGGAAUGGUGUACUAAAAGAACAGGGUGUUUUGUCUAGGGUCCUUGAAAUUUCCUUUUUACAUUUAAAAAAAUUAUACUUUAGUGGUUUGCCUGAGUAAGAUUUAAUUCAUCAGGAGGCUGCGUAGAUCUGUGGAGACCGUAGAGUUGUAUUUUGUCAUUCAUCAGCAGGUUUGGUUGGUGAAUCUACUUAUGCCUUUAUUACUGAAAAUGUUUUUAUUAGUGAAGCCAGAUGAACAAAGAUUAUUUUCAAGAGAAUACCCACAUUUUGUGGUACCACUAGGCAUAAUCAUCUUGAUUUAAUAUUAAUAUGAAAAUGUAAAAUUUAUUUAAUUUUAUUUAUAAUGAAGCAUGUGAAUGAAUUGCCUAGAGGACAAUUAGAAAGUAUAUAGUACAGUAGUUUCAAAAUGUGAAAUUCAUAUCUCAGUUUUGUUCUUUUAAAGAUAUUUGGAAGCGUUUCAUUGACCCCGCCUUUGUUGUUAAGUUAGCCAAGAUGACCUUACCAUUCCAGGCAUAUGAAUUUCAAUUAAAUAACAAAAAUGAAUUAACUUAUAGUAGGUUAUGGUGAAUAUUUGAGGUAGUUUAGCAUGAAAUGUAAUUAAGUAGGUUGUAUCUCAUUUUGUGGAUAGUUUAUUUUUUCUAUGUGCAUUAUAUUUGUAAUAUAUUUUCUUUAUUCACAAUAAAAUGAAUAAAUUUCA